CGACUCCUAGUCAUAUGACUUGAACAUGGCGGCGCGCGUUUGUAUGUUGUUUGUGGUUUGCUUGCUGCCAGUGCUGGGGAGUCCCUUUCUGGGCACCCAAGAAAAGCCGGUGCCGCUUGUUAUAUGGCACGGGAUGGGUGAUUCUUGCUGUAAUCCUAUAAGUAUGGGGGCUAUAAAGAAGAUGGUUGAAAAUCAGAUUCCCGGAAUUUAUGUGCUUUCGUUGGAGAUUGGGAACAAUAUUAUAGAGGACAUGGAGAACAGUUUCUUUCUUAAUGUGAACAAACAGGUUUCCGGUGUAUGUGAACAACUGGCUCGAGAUCCCAACCUGCAGCAAGGCUACAACAGCAUGGGAUUCUCCCAGGGGGGUCAGUUUUUGAGAGCCGUUGCGCAGAGGUGCCCUUCACCUCCCAUGAGGAACCUGAUUUCGUUUGGAGGGCAGCACCAGGGAGUGUAUGGUGUCCCUCGCUGCCCUUCAGAAAAAUCACAUAUUUGUGACUGGAUAAGAAAGAUGCUAAAUAAUGAAGCCUAUAGCAAAAUAGUUCAGGAACGGCUCGUUCAGGCAGAAUACUGGCAUGAUCCACUCAACGAAGACACCUACAGAAAUGGCAGCAUUUUCCUAGCCGACAUCAACCAGGAGAGGGGUGUGAACGAGAGUUACAAGCGUAACCUUCAGGCUCUGCAGAAGUUUGUGAUGGUAAAAUUUCUCAAUGACACCAUGGUUGAACCUGUUGAUUCAGAGUGGUUUGGAUUCUACAAACCUGGGCAAAGCAAAGAGACCACGACAUUACAGGAGAGCGUCCUGUACACAGAAGAUCGUUUGGGGCUGAGAGAGAUGGACAAGGCUGGAAAGUUGAUCUUUCUGACUACAGAUGGUGAUCAUCUUCAGUUUACAGAACAGUGGUUUAAUGACAAGAUUCUGCCAUUCCUGCACUGAACAUGCUUCUCCUCAAACUAACUGUAUGAAUACUCAGGAAAGAACUGAAUUGUGUGAUAGGUGCUGUAAUGGGGGGGAAACAGCUGGAAUCGGACAAGGCAUUCAUGAGGGUUAUAAAAAAAAAAAACUAAGAUUUACAGACUAGUAACAAAAUAGUAAAGUAUAUUAUGAACUUAAUCAUGAUUCUAGUUCUGCAUUGUUGUGAUCUAUUAUGGCUAUCUUGGCAACUGCACUUUCUAUAAAAACUAAUUCUCCA